AUGUCGAGGCGGGAGCUUCAGUUCCUGGAUGCACAGGAUGAGGACGAUGCCUCCUCCUCCCAGUCUGGAUCUCCUUCAGCAUCCGAGGAUGAAACUGGGUACCCCAGCAGCGACGACGACAGCCCUGCGGUCUGUGGAAAGAAGGGCCAUUGUGCUGGCUUCAUCGGCGCCCGCUACUUCGACUGCCCCAACAAGCCCUGCUACCUGUGCGGGCAGAGCGGUCAUAGCACCAUGACCUGUCCCUUCCGGAUAGAUCCCGGUCACGGCUGCAGCGCCGCCCCUGGAUCCAACCCCACAGACGGGGUUCAGUGGGAGGUGCUCCGGCGGGAGCAGGGCGCGGCGGGCGCCGCCGCCCCGGGCUUGCCGCCUCAGCGCAAGCGCUGGCAGGUGGAGAGCGCGGUGCUCCGCCUGCAUGACCGCCGUGUGGUGUGCCUGGAAUUCCAUCCGCGCAACCAGAACAUCGUCCUGUCGGGGUCCAAGGGCGGGCGCAUCGCGGUCUGGGACAUGGAGAAGGUGUAUGAGCGCACUGUCUACCGCUCCAUCAACUUCUGGCUCACGAGUGCUCUGAAAUUUGCGCCAGGCAGCGAUGGAUUGGCCUGUGCCACCUGUAGCUACGACAGCACCGUCAAGAUCUUUGAUGUUGAGACGGGAGCAGCAACCACACUGCACACUGCCACCCCACGGGAGUGGAGGGGUCCUGUAGAGGAGGAUGGGAGCUGGAUUACCCAGAUGGCCAUGGACGUCAUGCAGGGUGGGAUUGUAGUGGCCGGGGACAAUAAGGGCAUGCUCUACUUCUGCGACCCGCGGCACUCCUCGGCCUUUGCGACCAUGCAGGCCCACAAGAAGGGCACCAAGGUGCAACUGGAGCGGGUCCAGAGCGUGGCUGGGAACCCCGUGGACGCCAACCUCCUGCUCACGGCAGGGAACGACUAUGCUGCUCGCCUGCUUGACCUGAGGGUGCUGGGAGGAAAGCAGGAAGCGGGGGCCGAGGUGCCCCGUGCUGAGCUGGCGUCGCUGCAGCACAGCAAGGUGAUCAAUGCCGCGUAUUUCAGCCCCAUCACGGGCCGCAAGAUUCUCACCACCAGCCAGGACAACCGACUCAGAGUGUGGGACUAUGUGUAUACCUCGGAUCAGGAGCCGGACCGAAUGAUUGUGCACAGUAAUAACUUCAACCGCUACUUGACGCCCUUCCGGGCAGAGUGGGACCCCAAGGAUCUCACGGAAAGGCUCAUCGUGUGCGGCAGAUACAUAUCGGAGGACUUUGGGGGCGUGGCUCUGCAUCCAGUGGAUCUCCUGGAUGCGUCCACUGGUGAACUGGUAUCUGAACUGGUCGACCCAAAUCUCACCACCAUCUCUCCAGUGAACAAGCUGCACCCCAACCAGGAAUUGAUCGUCAGUGGGAACAGCCGAUCACUCUUUGUGUGGAGGCCCGCCCCAGAUGGUGAGCUCGUGCGAGAUAUUGGGCUGACAGCUUCCAACAGCAUAUCAGACCAGCUAAGCUUGGCAGCCGCUGCCGGGUACACCUUCUUUGACGCUGACGAGAGCGAGACACCCAAGAAGAAGGCCAAAUUUGCGACAGGAGCUCCAAAAACAGAUGACGCCGGCGAGAGCACUAAGAAGAAGCCUCCACGCAAGCGGAAAAAGGACGAGGAGGGGCCUUGA